CUUCCUGAGGUCGGCGCGUGUGCUGCUUGAUUUGCUCGCUAGUCUAAAGGUUUUUUUGGUGUGUCGCUGAGCUGCUGUAGUAGGGAUGAUGAUGAUGGCGGAGUUGGUACAGGGACAGGCCUCGGUGGCUCAGCCUGGAACGAAAGCAGAUGGCUUCGCCGACGCUUUACACCGGGCCCGACAGAUUGCGGCGAAGAUGGGAGGUGACCAGAUGCCCCACAUGAACAACUCUUCUCCAGUCCUAGACCCCUCUCUCUAUGGCUACGGAGGCCAGAAGCGCUCAAUGGAUGAUGGAGUAGGUAACCAGCUGGGUGGAAUGGUACAUCAAAGGGCUAUUAUGACAGAAGACUUCAAAGUGCCUGAUAAGAUGGUUGGAUUCAUCAUUGGAAGAGGAGGAGAGCAGAUCACGAGAAUUCAGUUGGAGUCAGGCUGCAAGAUUCAGAUAGCUGCAGACAGCGGCGGCAUGAUGGACAGGGCCUGCACCCUAACCGGAAGUCCAGAGAACAUUGAGCAGGCCAAGAGGCUGCUGAGUCAGAUUGUGGACCGUUGUCGGAACGGCCCGGGGUUCCACAGCGAGAUGGACAGCAACAGCGCCAUCCAGGAGAUCCUCAUCCCUGCCAGCAAAGUGGGCCUGGUCAUUGGCAAGGGAGGGGACACCAUCAAACAACUGCAGGAGAGAACCGGUGUGAAGAUGAUGAUGAUCCAGGAUGGCCCCAUGCCCACUGGAGCAGACAAACCCCUGAGAAUCACUGGGGACCCCUACAAAGUGCAGCAAGCACGAGAGCUGGUGGUGGAGAUCAUCCGGGACAAGGACCAGGGAGACUUCCGGGCCAGCAGGGGAGACUUUGGCUCCAGACUGGGGGGAAGCAGUCUGGAUGUGGCAGUCCCCAGGUUUGCUGUGGGCAUCGUCAUUGGCAGGAACGGAGAGAUGAUCAAGAAGAUCCAGAAUGACUCUGGGGUCAGGAUCCAGUUCAAACCAGUGUCCCCCUCUCCUUCAGACGAUGGCAUCAGUCCCGACCGGAUUGCCCAGGUGAUGGGCCAGUCUGACCGUUGCCAGCAUGCAGUGCAUCUCAUCAACGAGCUGGUCCAAACGGCACAGGUACAGCAGGCCUCCCCAGCCCAUUCUCUAGCUGGCUGGCUCCCGGACAGGGCCAGCCUGGCCCCCUCUCAAGCUUCUCUGGACCCCCUAGCCCUGUGGCUGGGUGGUGGGGGGGACCUCCUCAGACAGGUGUACAGACAGGAGAGGGAUGGCUUUGGGAGUCCCGUGGGGCCCAGAGGCCGGGGCAGAGGCCGCGGAGACUGGAACAUGGGUGCGCCUGGUGGACUGCAGGAAGUGACGUACUCGAUACCUGCCGACAAGUGUGGCCUGGUGAUUGGAAAAGGUGGCGAAACCAUCAAGAACAUCAACCAGCAGUCCGGAGCGCACGUGGAGCUGCAGAGAAACCCGCCACCUAACACUGACCCCAACGUGCGCAUCUUCUCCAUCCGCGGCACCCACCAGCAGAUGGAAAUGGCCCGCCAGCUGAUCGAUGAGAAGAUUGGGGCCUCAGGAAUGGGGGGCAACGGCAGUUUUGGUCUGAACCCAUUCGGACAAGGACCAACUACCCCGCAUCAGAAUGGACCCCAGACAUUCCUGACAGGAGGAUGGGGCACAACAUAUCAGACAUGGCAGACUCCGGGCCAGCAGGACCCCAGUCAGCAGAGCCAAGCCCAGAGCAGUGGCUCUGACUACAGCAAAGCAUGGGAGGAUUACUACAAGAAACAGAGCCAGGCAGCAGGCCCCGGCUCCCAGCAGAGCUCCCCUCCGGACUACAGUGCUGCCUGGGUGGAGUAUUACAGACAGCAGGGGGCCUACUAUGGCCAGGGUGCACAGCAGACACCGGCCCCAGGCCUUCAGGAUCAUUAGAGAGGACACCCUUUAGUUGAAGAUUUUUGAAUCACUGAGAGGAUGAAAACAAAACCUUUUGUAACAGAGGUUUCUAGAUUUGCAACGCCUUGAAGACUUUUACUUUUUUCUUAGUGAGAAACACUAGCUGUAGAAUGACUUAUACAAUUUAAAAAAAGAAUAUUUCUAAAUCAGGAACAUUUAAUUGUUACUAAAUACUUGUGUACACCAUUAUUUUGAAUUGACAAUUUCCGGGAUCCCUUUUGGACUUAUGAGAGAGCUGUUUUGUUUUCUAUUUUUUCCUUUUUGAUUCAAAUUACAUUGCCAAAACGAACCCCGGAGUUGUAACUUUUCAGUAAACGCAAUAUAAUCUAUUUUUUCUAGUUCUGUUGCAAUAAAAUCGCAAUUAUGGGCUUAGCAGUCUUGAAUUAAUUUUUGUUUUGUCAUAAGAUGUUUUAAGAAUGUGUAAAAAUGUUUUCUUUUCCUUUUACAAAAAGCAUUUUAAUUCAGUGAGAUGAAACUGUGAUAUUUUGUUACAGGAAAAUGUAUAAUUUUGUUGCAAAAUACGAGAGAUGUUGGCAAAUGGCAGUCAAUUCCUAAUUUAAUUCCUGUUGUGCUUUGUAUUGUUUUCCAUUGUCUUUUAUUGUACUCUGGUUUAAAAAAGGUGCAAUAUCUUAUUUCAUUUUUGAAACAAAGAUGGAUUCUCUAAUAUUUUGACAGGCGUUUAACUUGUAGUUCUUAGAUGAAUUUUUUUUAGGCAUAUGAAAAUGUAAUGAAUAAUUUAUUACAAUCUGAUAUGGGAAAGGGGAUGUUGCAUUUUGUGAGUUAUUUGCCUUUGCUAUCUUGUAAAACUAUGUAUGUAUGCUCAGAUACUUGACUAAAUACUUUAUUUAAAAAUAUAUAUAUCAUUAAAUCAAAGAAGUUUUUUUCAUGGAGUCAUUAUCACAGGAAAACUGUCCCUGUUUUUCUGCUCUGUUUUCAUACUGAAAAUGUUCAAAGAUCGUGAAUGUGUCAUUUGAAAUUUGAUGUUGCAUCUUGCUAUGGACAAAAAUGAGAAAUGCCAGGUUUUUAUGUAUGUUUUGUACCAAAAUAAUUCAAGACUGCUAAGCCUCUGGAUUCUACCUGUGUAAUAAUUAAUUGUAGUUUUUUAUAUGCUAAGUAUUACGAUCAAAAUUGUCUUAUUUGGUACCACCCAGUUUCCCUAAUGCCCCAUCCAGUACACACUGUGGACUCGUGUACAGUCCAAUGCUAAACUUUUUAAUUCAUUUUUCUUUCUACUUUGUGUGAUCUAAUAUAUGUAUGAUUGAUUAGUUACGAAAUGAAUCUAGUGUUAACUUCAUUGCUUAAUGAAAAGGGAUAUUAUAAUUUCGAAAUGUUUAAUUUUAGUGUUUUUUCCUCAUAUGUACAGGUAACCGUGUAUUAAAAACGUCAAGACUA